AAAUUGAGUAAAAAAUUAAUUUGUACGGUGCCAUUGUGUUUAGAAUUUCGCUUUCUCUUUCAUAAAUCUCAAAACAAAGUUAUAUUUCACCCCUAAAACAAUUAAUGCUGUUUACAGUGCCUUGAAUUGUCACUCUUUGCAAAAAUUCCCUGUCCGUGGUCCUGAAAAUACAAAGCUUUCAAUUGACAGUUUGAAUGUUCUCGCACCACAUUUAUCUAUAAACAUAUUUACGCUUCGAGUAAACUGCUAUACAAUUUGUUCUAUAUUAAAUUGUAUUAUUAUUAUUAUUAUUAUUAUUAUUAUUAUUAUUUAUUUUGGAAACUGUCUAAUAAUCCUUAAAGAGCACAAAAAUUGCUGACGAUGCGUCUGUUGUAGAUGAAUUGCCAAAAUAAUGUAGCCUAAGUCUUUAUCCAGAUCAAACACUUUGAAAAAUAUUUAGAAAUUAUGCUCUUUUGUCUAAAAAGAGUUAUUUUUUAAAUUUGCAAAUAGUUUGGUUUGCAGUUGCCCGCACGAUGUCAGCAGCCUUCCAUUGUGCACAGAGAAUUUCUGUAACGUAGAUAAGCUCCUCCUGGUUUCGUGGCUGACUACACGAGCGCAGGGCUUUGUUCACAGUUCGCCAUUGUGUCAGAAGACAUCUGUCGUGCGGUUUCUUGUGAAUUGCUACUUUGCGACUAUGCUAUGUGAUUUCCGUGGUUUUGUCAUAUCUAGAAGAUUUGGACGCAAUGAUAUCCACUGGACAACAAAAAUGUAGCUUUUGGGUUUCACUAUAUCUUUUCUUUCGGCUAUGGAAUAUAGCAGGCGGGCAGAUUGUGUAUUCCGUUAUGGAGGAAGCAAACCCAGGGACUACAGUUGGGAAUUUGGCUAAGGAUUUUAAUCUGAAUGUUCAGGAACUUGAGGUACGAGGGUUUCAUGUCGUCCAGGGGCCGAACACAAGGUAUUUCGAUACAAAUUUAAAAUCUGGAACUCUUCAUGUCAGAGAGAGAAUUGAUAGAGAAGCGAUAUGCAAGCAGAAUAUGAAAUGCUCUUUUUCUAUAGAAGCCAUGAUAAACUCCCCGUUAAACAUGUACAGGUUUGAUGUAAAUAUUUUGGACGUUAAUGAUAAUGCACCAGAAUUCCAGACGACAAUUACACAUUUAAAUAUCAGUGAAUCUGCUUUAACGGGGGAGAGGUUUCCGUUACCGGGCGCGUUUGACGCAGAUGUGGGCAGUAAUUCGGUAAAGAGCUACAAGCUGAGUCCAAAUGAACAUUUCUCUCUGGAUGUUCAGAUCGGAGGAGAGCAGAGUGUGUCUGCUGAGUUAGUGCUGCAGAAAGCUUUAGACCGAGAAAAACAGCCUGUGAUCCAGCUCACACUGACCGCUGUAGACGGAGGAAAACCUCCUAGGUCUGGUACGACAGAAAUCGUUGUUAACGUUGUGGAUGUUAAUGAUAACAUUCCUGUCUUUAGUAAGUCUUUGUAUAAAGCUCGUAUCAUUGAAAAUGCUGCGCCUGGUACUCACGUAAUAACUGUUCAAGCUGUUGAUAUAGACGAGGGCGUAAACAGUGAAAUCAUUUAUUCUUUUAUCAGUCACAGCACUGAAAAAACCGCCAAUGCAUUUUCCAUAAAUCCGCAAAAUGGUGAAAUUAUUGUGCAAAAUAAUGUAGAUUACGAAGAGAGGAGUGCGGUUGAACUUCGAGUACAAGCAAAAGAUAAAGGACACAGCCCGAAAGCAGCGCACUGUAAAGUGUUAAUCGAAAUCGUUGAUGUUAAUGACAACAUACCAGAGAUAUCUGUGACGUCUUUAGUAAAUACAGUUAAGGAAGAUGCUCCUAUUAAUACCAUGGUUGGAAUGAUAACCGUUACCGAUAAUGAUUCUGGUAAAAACGGGCAAGUCGAUUUAAAAAUCCAGGGCUCUGUUCCUUUUAAAGUACAGAAUUCAUAUAAAAAUUAUUAUUCUUUAGUUGUUAACGGCCCUCUAGACAGAGAGAGCGCGCAUGCAUAUAAUGUGACCAUCAUAGCUACUGAUGAAGGGACUCCACCUCUCUCUAGUACCAGUGUCAUUACUGUACACGUGUCUGAUGUGAAUGACAACGCGCCGCGCUUUCCAGAGUCCGUCAUUAAUGUUUAUGUAAAAGAGAACAGUCAGAUCGGAGCUGUCAUUCAUACAGUGUCUGCAUUUGAUCCUGAUGUAGGUGAUAAUGCCCGCAUCACAUAUUCAUUAGUAGAAAGCUUUAAAAGCGGCCCGGUAACAUCCAUGAUCAACAUAAACUCUGACAGUGGAGAUAUACACAGUUUGCAAUCUUUUAACUAUGAGGAGAUAAAAACAUUUCAGUUUAAAGUUCAGGCCACAGACUCUGGUGUUCCUCCGCUCAGCAGUAACGUGACUGUCAAUGUUUUUAUUCUGGAUGAGAACGACAAUAGUCCCGGGAUUCUCGCGCCCUAUUCCGAGCACGGUUCCGUUAACACAGAGAACAUUCCCUAUUCUGCUGAGGCGGGCUUCUUUGUGGCCAAGAUCAGGGCUGUAGAUGCGGAUUCCGGUUACAAUGCGCUGUUGUCUUAUCACGUGUCUGAGCCCAAAGGAAACAAUCUGUUUCGAAUCGGAACCAGCAGCGGGGAGAUCAGGACUAAGAGGAGAAUGAGUGACAAUGACUUGAAAAACUCACCCGUUGGUGAUUUUGGUUUGUGAUAACGGUGAGCCCUCACUGUCUGCGACUGUGUCUAUUGAUGUCGUAGUUGUUGAAAGCGGAGGUGACGUUAAGACUCAGUUCAGACAUGUACCACUGAAGGAGGAGAGUUUCUCGGAUUUAAAUCUGUAUUUGCUGA